CCUUCCUUCUGCCUUUUGCCAGUUGCGUGACGGACGGACCCUUGGUUCAAAAGUACAAGUUGGCAAAACGACUGGGAUAGCGGACAUUUUUUAUUGUGCGUGGUGGUGACUUUUGAACGGUGGUGUUCUUUUGCAAGUUCAAGGCAUCAUUGCGCGGCAGUCAUCCAAAACGACAUUGCACGCUGAGAAAAACCUUUUUUCGAGUCCGUCACAAGUGGACAUUUUACUCUAUUCCUGAACUAUUUACAACGCGUACACAAUGUCUGUAACGGGUGCAUCAUCCAAACCUCAACUCGCGAUACCCGGGCUGUACCCCCAACGAGGGAAACCGAGGGCGUUGGGUGCAUUUGAGAGUUUUGCGAUAUCAGCUAUGGCUCCUGCUGGUGCGGUGGUGUUUACAAAUCCUUUUGAUACUGCAAAAGUCCGACUACAACUCCAAGGCGAACGUCUUCGACAGGCCCAAAAAGCUGGAGCGACUGCUGCUGCUGAAGCGCAGGUGGUUUACAAAAACAGCUUUGACACCAUCUACAAAAUCUACAUAAAUGAAGGAAUCAAAGGGUUGCAAAAGGGAUUGACACCAGCUGUUUUGCGGGAAGGUUCUAAAAACCUAUUUCGAAUAGGCAUGUUUGAUCCCAUCAUGAACACCCUCCAUGAUCCGGCACAGGGGAAAGCACCGGGAUGGAAGCGCAUGAUUGCUGGAUCGAUUUGUGGGGUGAUGGGUGCGGUGUCGUGUAAUCCGUUCGAGUUGGUCAAGACAAGAUUGCAGUCGGCGGCAAAAGGAAAGAUUGCUGUAGGGCAUCAGCACAACUACAACGGCACAUGGGACGCCCUACGAACCAUUUGGAAAGAAGACGGCUUCCGAGGCCUGUAUCGCGGCUCCGUGCUCAGCAUGGGCCGCUCCGUUUUUGGUAGCGGCUCUAAUCUGGCUGCCUACUCUAUGAUGAAAGACCACUUGAUCAGCGAACGCAAAUGGGCCGACAAUGCGUGGUUGGAUAUGGUGUGCGGAUUAGCGAGUGGUGUUGUGAGUUGUAUAUGUAUGAACCCCAUCGACGUGACACGAACCCGGUACUAUAAUCAACCUUACCAAAACGGAAAGGGUGUCAUAUACGCAAACGGACUGGACGCCAUCAAAAAGAUUGCAAAAAAUGAAGGGUUGACGGCGUUCUACAAAGGAUUUACGACACAUUUUCUGCGAAUUGGGCCGCAUUUUUGUUUGACAUUUGUGUUCCUUGGUAUUCUUCGGCGGGGUAUAACAGAUUUCUACGGCUACCUCGACAUGCGAGACUCGUUUUCUGCAUUCGAUAAAGACGGAAACGGAGUUUUGGAUCCCUCGGAACUCCGCGAAGCCCUUCACUCCAUUGUCCCAGCUCCCGCACCGCAAGUGGAUCCUGCGAACGAAUAUGAAACAAUGAUUGAUCUCUAUGCGAAUCGGAUAUUGGACAAGGCUGAUAGUGAUCAUGAUUCGGCGAUUAGUUCUAAAGAAUACCCCGCUAUGAUCAAGGAGGUGACGGUUAUUGUUGGAGAACGGCAAAAGAGAGGAUAGAUGUGUUUUGUGUCUUAGAUGAAUAUAUGGGUUUUUUUUCCAAGAGUUUUGUUAUUUGGUGUCAUUGAAUGUUGGAUAUGCACAUGUCGCC